GGUAACGAACAAUAUCUAUCUCUAAUUAAAUAUGUACGGAUCGUCGACUUCUUUCAGAACAAAUUUCAUCAUUAUUGAAAGCCCUGCCAUUGAAAAAAAUUUAUGCUUUCAAGAGACGAAUAGUAAAAAUACAGAAGUGAUAAUAAUAGAAUAAUCUCGUUUAUACAUUUGUCCUUGGGAUAAAGUAAUAAUUAUGAUAAAUUUUGUCAGUCAUUUACCAGUAAUCGGUGCUACGUGUGCCUAUAGCCAGAAACUAUUAGACAAAAAAAAAUAAUAAAAUAAACAGUUUGUGGCAUAAUUGUUUAGACAUAUACAUGUGGUUAUUUCGACAACUAUAAUAUAACAACAAUUAACCUCCCAGUUAAAACAAGUAAUAUAAAUCCAUAACAUUGUAUCUUCAUAUCCAAGAUGGUUUUUUUUUCAUCAUCAUCAUCAUCAAUGAAAUCUAUUAGGUCAUCAUCAUUUUGAUUUUGUUCAAUAGAUAUAAAUAUUCAUGGUUUACUGAACGAGAGAUAAAAGGUUAUUAACGUGGAAAAUGCGGUUACCUCUGAACAAUCAAGGCUUUUCUUCAUUUAUAAAAAAAGAAGAAGAAGAAAGAAAUGAUUUUAUUACUUUUUAAGAAAACUAACUACUUUGUGUUUAUAUUCGUUCAUGCACGUACAUUCUUUUUUUAUUUUAGCAUAUAUUAUAAAUUUUAAUGCAAUGAGAUUGUCAUAUAAAUGAAAAUAGACGAUUUUAUUAUUAUUUGUUUCAUUUUUUUGUUAAUAAUAACAGUUGAAAUAAAUUCAUAUAAUGAUGAUAAUUUUGACUAUGUUAGAGAACAUCAACCACCACCACCAUUUUCUUCAUCAUUAGCAUUUGUAUUCGAUGUGACCGGUUCCAUGUACGAUGAUUUACAACAAGUGAUAUUUGGUGCUAGCCACAUUUAUAAUACAACUAUUCGUCGAGAAAAUUCUAUUUAUGAUUAUAUUUUAAUUCCAUUUCAUGAUCCAGAAAUUGGACCUAUUUUACGAACACGAGAUUCUGCUCGAUUUCAACGUGGUCUUCAAGAUCUUAUAGUUCAAGGUGGUGGUGAUUGUCCAGAAAUGGUUAUUAGUGCAGUAAAAACAGCCUUAGAAUAUGCGUUACCCAAUUCAUUUAUCUAUGUAUUUACGGAUGCAAGAUCAAAAGAUUAUCAUCUCAUUGAUUCCGUACUUAAACUCAUACAAGAGAAACAGAGUCAGGU